CACAGUGUUUUUCUUUUAUUGUACGCCAUCCGACAAAAUAUGAGCUGUUUUGAGCGGGGGCUGAGGCGGACGGCCCCUGCACGCGGCAGCAGCAGGAAUGACCUGGUGACCCCCUCGACGGCAUCUCUCUCCAGGGUUAACGGCUGGGCCUGUCCCCCUCACUCCUUCCAGCUGGUGGGAUGGACAAUAUACAGCUACAUGGCUGUAGUUGGCUUUGGGAUCUAUAUCCCACUACUACCUUCACCCUGGAGCCACAUGGCCUACUCUCUGACUGGUUCAGCCUUCAUUGUGCACCUGGUCACCCAUCUAGCUGCCGUAUCAAUAAACCCAGCAGAGGCAGGCGUCCGAGCCAAGAAGAGCUACUCCAACCCACUGCCUGUCUUCGACAAGAAGAAACAACCACAUGUUAUCCACAACCUACACUGCUACCUGUGUAAAAUCAAUGUGGACCCCAAAGUGAAACACUGUGGCGUGUGCAACAAGUGUAUUGAAGACUUUGACCACCACUGUAAAUGGCUGAACAACUCGUGGGGGGGACAGAACUACUGGGUACUUCUUUGUGACGGUGUUCUCUGCUACGCUGGGCGUCCCUCGUGCUCCUCAUGGUCAUCCUGUUCAUCUUCAUCCAGCAUUAUAUGGACCCCCGCCAGUCUCCGCACCGCACCACAGUUUACCAGUGUGUUGAGUAACGGGACGUGGCUGGACUUCCUGUCUGUAGGUGUGUUGAGUAACGGGACGUGGCUGGACUUCCUGUCUGUAGGUGUGUUGAGUAACGGGACGUGGCUGGUCUUCCUGUCUGUAGGUGUUUUGAGUUAA